UGUGACCUUUCUUUCCAUUAUGACUGAUGGUGUGGCGAUGAGAGAGUACAGGAAAGGGAACUGGACGGUGAGCGAGACGAUGGUGUUAAUAGAGGCCAAGAAGAUGGACGAUGACCGGCGGCUCCGGCGGUCUAUCGGCCUAUCAGCGGCGGAGGAACACGACGGAGGGCGGGGAAAGCCGGCGGAGCUCCGGUGGAAGUGGAUAGAAGAUUAUUGCUGGAGUAAAGGGUGUUUGAGGAGUCAGAAUCAGUGCAACGACAAGUGGGAUAAUCUCAUGAGGGAUUACAAGAAGAUCAGGGAGCUCGAGAGGCGAACGGUGGAGGAAUCGUCUUCAGCCUCAGCCUCUUCGUAUUGGAAGAUGGAGAAGAGCGAGAGGAAAGAGAGGAACUUGCCGAGUAAUAUGCUGUCUGAGAUAUACUACGCCUUGGUUGAGGUUGUCGGGAAGAAGGGUUUGUCUUCCGGAAGUGGAGACGGCGGCGGAGUAAGUGACCAAAUUCCAGGAUUUCUCCAUCAGUCUCCAACGGUUCCUCUUCCGCCACCGCUUUCUUUUCAUGCUCAGCCAAUAUUGCCCACAGUAGACACGUCAUCGCCGGCAAAACGGAGGAGGAGAUCAGAGGCGGAAGCAGGUCCAAGCGGCGACGGCGGCGGCGCUCCGGUGACGGAGGAGAGCGGUGGGAGCGACGCGGUCGGGGAAGCGAUUUCGAAAAGCGCGUCGGUGAUAGCAGACGCGAUUAGGGCAUGUGAAGAGAGACAAGACAAGAGACACAGAGAGACUGUGAAUUUCAAAGAGAGAAUGCUAAAGAUCGAGGAAUCAAAGGCUGAGGUGAACAGACAAAGCAUGAAUGGGUUAGUGGACGCCAUUGAUAAGCUUGCUAACUCCGUCUUCGCUUUAGCUUCUUCUCAUCAUUAUCAACAUAAUAAUCAGCAUCAAGGAGGUCCACCAUAAUCGUACACACAUAUGACAGAAGGAAAAACCCGGAGAUAGUCCAAGAUUUCAUUCGAUGCACUUGCAGGUACAUAUAAAUUUAUGAAUUCGCUUUGAUUUUUUUACGUUCUACAUGUGUUUCCAUGCAUUGCAUGCUCAAUGAAGCAGCUAUUAAGUGUAACCAAUAACACAUUUUUGUUUAUAUAUGACUUAGAAAUAAUCGAUCUUA